AUGAAUUCUAUGAAUGAAAUGAAACGAUUAACAUCUGAAGAACUACUUGAAAAACGUCGUUUAACUUUAAUGUCACGUACUCGUACAGCUCGUACUCAACUUGAUUCCCUAUCACUACUUGAUUCAAGUUAUGAUACAUGUCGACAAACUCUUCGGCAGUGGCGUUCACAAAUGCUUGAUCAAAUAACUAAAGUUCAUGAAACAUCACUUUCAGAAUUAAAUCAUACUUAUGAACAAUUAAAUCGUUUUCGUUCAACAAUAGUUAAUCUUUUAAAUGAACAAGAUACAAAUGAUCAUUCACCAUCACAAACAACACAAUUAUCAUAUAUUGAAUCAAGUUUAAAUACAUUACGUAAUGCUGAAUUUACAUUUGAUUUUGAUCAUGCAAAUCAACUUGAUGGUGAUUUACAAUUAUUAAAAUUAUCAAAUCCUCAACAACAACAACAACUACAACAACAUCGUUCAUUCAAUAAAUCAAAUACAAAAUGUCGAUUACUUGUACCACAUGAUCGAUAUGUAUCCGAUGUAUUUUUUUAUGAUGAUUUAAUAACACGAAUUGAUUGUCAAACAGAUGAAUGUAUUCUUAUUUGUCCAUUUGAUUUAUUAAGUGAAUUAUUAGGAAAUGAUGAAGAAGUUCGAAUACUUAUUGAUCAAACUUAUUUACCAUCAAUUGGUACACAAGCUCAACGAAUGCGUAUUGAUUAUGAUCUUAUUGUACUUCAACCAGCUCAAGAAUGUUGUCCACAAUCAAGUGAACGUGUUAUAAGAAUUAUUUGUCAUGAUUCAACAAAAAUGUUAUUAUGUUUAGAAGAAAUUUAUACAAUAUGUAGUCAACAAGCCUUACCAACUGCAUUUAAUCCAUAUACUCCUGUCAAUUACAAUAGAUCAAAAAUUCAUCUUUACUGUGGCUAUUCAGAUAUGUCAACAAUCAAUCAUUCAUCUAACAAUAAUGAUACUACCAAAAUGAAUCCUUUAUUUCCUCUUCAAUUAACAAAUUAUUUUCAAACAUCGGCUACUUCUAUUUCAUCUUUAUCAGCAUCAUCACCGUCUUCUUCUUCUUCUCAACAGCAUUUUGAUCGUGUUCUUAUGCCUGUUUCAGUUCGUCAAACACUUCCAAUCACAGAUAUGCAAGCCGGUGCUUUAUUAGGACCUAAAGGAGAACGAAUUCAACAACUGCAACGUGAAACAGGUGCUAUUGUUAAUAUAAGUGAUUUGAAUGAUGAGAAUGGUGAUCGACGAAAACGUAUUGUUAAUAUUCAAGGAAGUCAACAACAAGUAAAUAAUGCUUUACAAGCAAUUCGAAAACUUCUUAUGAUUGACAAUAGUGAUGAUGAUAAUAAUGAAGAAGAUUCAUUGAAAAAAGAUGCAGGAAAAAUUAAAAAAAUAUGA